AUGAAUAACAGCAAUAACAGAACACAGAAACCGCGCAGCUCGAACCGUGUGCUUGGAGAUUAUACGCUUGGUAAGACUGUUGGUGCGGGAAGUAUGGGUAAGGUCAAGCUUGCGUAUCAUAAUAUCACUGGCGAGAAGCUUGCAAUCAAGAUUAUCCCGCGAGCAACUGCAGCAAACGCGAAUGCGAACGGGCAACCUCAGACACCCGAGGCUGCAGCGAAACAGGCGACGAAAGAUGCGUCGAAAGAGAUCCGGACGAUCAGAGAGGCGGCGCUCUGCAUGCUCCUCCAUCACCCAUACAUCUGCGGCAUGCGCGAGCUCAUCACACACACAAACCACUACUACAUGGUCUCGGAAUACGUCAACGGCGGGCAGAUGCUCGAUUAUAUCAUCAGCCAUGGGCGGCUGCGCGAACGCGUCGCGCGAAAAUUCUCUCGCCAAAUUGGCAGUGCGCUCGACUACUGUCAUCGGAAUAACGUCGUCCAUCGCGAUUUGAAAAUCGAGAACAUCCUCAUCUCGCAGACGGGGAACAUCAAGAUUAUUGACUUUGGACUGUCGAAUUUGUAUAAUCCGUCAGCGCAUUUGUCCACCUUCUGUGGUUCCCUGUACUUCGCGGCCCCGGAACUUUUGAAUGCAAAGGUGUAUACCGGGCCCGAGGUGGAUGUGUGGAGCUUCGGUGUCGUGCUUUACGUGCUUGUCUGUGGGAAGGUGCCCUUCGACGACCAAAGCAUGCCCGCCCUUCACGCGAAAAUCAAACGCGGUCUCGUGGAAUAUCCGGACUGGCUGAGUUCAGAGUGUAAGCAUUUGCUGACGCGAAUGCUUGUUGUAAACCCGGCUGCGCGCGCACCGCUGUCGGAGGUGCUUGCUCACAUGUGGAUGGUCCGCGGCUGCCACGGUCCGCCAGACCCACACAUGCUCCAUCGAGAGCCCCUGCGGGCGGACGACCUCGACAGGCUGAUCAUCAAGGGCAUGUCUGGCUUCGAGUUUGGCUCGGAGGACGACAUCGAGCGGAAACUUGUCGAGAUACUGGAGAGUGAUGCGUAUACACGUGCUGUGCAGCACUGGGAGCGAAAACGGCAGCAGGGACGGAACGGACAUGGUGGUGUCUCGAAUGCGUCGCUUGCAUCUUAUGAUUCAGGUCAAUCUAACGACGCUGCUGCUCCAGUGACUCCGUCAAAACAAAAAAGCCGUCGGUUUUCUGGAUUUGACUUUUAUCGACGCAAGUUUUUCUCACCGAGUUCGUCGCCGCCUGAUACGCCGAUGCAUCAUCGGUCUCCGCCUACGUCGACGUCGCAUCUUUCGCAUGCUUCGUUGACGGAUCUGCAACGCGAGCCGCCGGACCCGACGGGUGGUUAUCAUCCGCUUAUCUCGAUGUAUUUCCUUGCACGGGAGAAGAUGGAACGUGAACGUGUGUAUGGCCCGGGACAUUUCGCAAGUUCGCAGAUGUCGUUGCUCGGGCGGGAGGACACUAGCUCUGCACCACCGAGUGCGAUGAAGCACUUGCCUGGUAUCACCUCCCCCGCUAAAGUGAACGGAAAACAGGUACAACUACAACCACAACCGCCUGCUGCUGAUGCGAAAGCGGAUUAUAACAUGGCGCUUCCACGUCUGCCUGCUCCGCCUAAUACACAUUAUUCGGGUAUGUCAUAUGACGUACCGCAAGCUGUCCCUUCACCCACUUCACCUGCUUUUAACCCUCAACCACGUGCGAGAAACGUAGGUGGGGGUGUCGGUGGGGGGUUGACUGUGCCGAAAUCCAGUACUGGUCCAGGCGGCGCUGAAGGAGAGGAACCCCCUGCAACUGCACAAGCUGGAGCUGUAAGUGCACCUUCGACACCUGCGAAAACGUCGUUAUUGCCUCGUGCGCCGCCUGCGUCUACGCAUAGGAGGAGUCAUAGUUUGAGUCAGAGGCCGACGACGGGGGCGGGAGGGAUGCUUAGGCAUUGGGGUGGGGUGCUUGCUGGGCACCAUGACCGUGAGCAACCUGCUACUGCGGGACCAGAGGUGGGGACGUUUGCGGAGAGGAUGAAUGUGGACCGCGAGAAGAUGGGGGAUGAGGGAGAAGGUCAGCAGCAACGACCAUUACCGUCGGAGCAAGAUGCAGAGCUCGGUGUAGGCCCUGCGCAGCCGCCUUCUUCGAGUACACCUGGAGCGACACUUGUGAGGAAGUUUGGAACGUUACUUGGUGGUGUGCGAGGUGAUGAUUCGAGACGGAGUAAGCGAACGAGUAUCUUUGGUGGGGGUGGGCAUUCGCCGAGGCCUUCGAGGGAUGUGAGGGAUGAGGCGCAGGAGACACUCGAUUUACCUCUCGAAAAACGAGUCGAAGACUCGAACGAAAAGGAGAAGGAGAAGGAGAACGCGGCUAGUACUGUCAGACACAGCGCGAGUCAACCCGUAGGUUCCGCACACCGACGUGCAGCAACAAUACUGGACCCUGCGGGUCGGGCGGCGAGGCAUGAGAGGAGGAGUAGUACGGGUGCUGCGCUCUUCGCUUCUGGGACUAUAGGAAGGCAUAGGAGGCCUAGUACGAGUGCAGGUGCGGGUGCGGGUGGGACACCCGUGAAAGGUGAUCGAAUAUUCGAACAUACAGAAGAAGAAGAGGAGGAGCGGGAGGGCGAAGGUGAAGGAGAUGAGGGCAGACGAAGGGAAGGGUUGUUGAAGAGCGAUGGAGAUGAUGAGGUGGAGCAGGAGAGAGGGGGGGAUAAGGAGUUUAAGCCUGUGUUUUUGAAGGGACUUUUCAGCGUAUCGACGACCUCGUCCAAACCGCCCUCCCUUAUCAAAGCAGAUAUCCGACGUGUGUUGGAUAGGAUGCAAGUACAGUAUAGGGAGACGAAGGGAGGGUUUGUGUGUAUACAUGCUCCUUCUAUUGAUUUGUCCUCCGUGCAGAGUGGGGGAGGACUUGGGGCUUCGGGGUCGAGGAGGUCUCAUCAAUUCGGGUUGACUUCUCAGAAUGACGGACGGGAUGGACGGGAUGGUGCUGGAGGAGGGGAGAGGGUACGGAGAUCGUUAACGAAGAAGGCGUCGAAGUUGAGUUUUGGGUUGAAAGGCAAAGACAAAGACAAAGACAAAGAUGCACCGAAUAACGUUAACAUCGUCGUACCACCUCCUCAACCGCCUCAAUCACAGCAAGUAUCUCCGCAACAACAACUGGAUCCAAAUCCGAAGGGCGCUGCGGAUAAUGCGACUGUGAACUCGGCGACGUCGGAGAGGAGUGAGAAGAGUGGGAGUGAGAGUUCGUAUAAUGGUUCGUCGAAUACGCAUACGAUUAAGGGGGACGCUAUGACGACGACGACGACGAACGGUGCUGGUCCUGCUCUUGACGCAAAUUCGAUUAACGAUACCACUCCUACGAAUCCGAGCCCGAACCCGAACGAGAGUCCAUCAAAACAAAAACACCUCCCUCCUAUCCCUCGUGAUUUCGCUCAACAGCCUUCUCCUUCACCUCAAUCUCCGUCUCCCUCAUACCAACCCCCUUCUCAACUACCGCAAACUCAAACUCAAACUCAGGAGAGAGAAAGGGAAAGGGAGAGAGAAAGGGAGAGAGCAAUGUCCCCCGCCCCACCACCCUCCGCGUUCCCUUCUGGUGGUUCGUUUUACCGAUACCCGACUGGAGAGGUUGAUCAGGAUGUGUUUGAUGCGAUGGGUGCGAGUCGGUUGAGUGUUAGGUUUGAGAUUAAUAUCGUUAAGGUGCCUUGGUUACCCUUACACGGAAUCCAAUUCCGACGCGUUGGUGGGGACGGAUGGCAAUACCAGAUGUUAGCGCGUCGGGUGCUUACUGAGUUGAAGCUGUAGUUGCCUCUUUUUGUUGCAAAUGACGUCUUGUUACGCCCUCUCCUUCAUACACGCAUGAAAUUGUCAAGCGCACGCCGUCGAUGGUCGAUGUCCUCGGUACGACCCCCUCGCAUUUGUAACUACACGCACGUAAAUAUCAACCAGCCGACGAACAAGCAAACGCAAAUUAUCGCACUCGAACCACUCUGCACGUCACGAUUCUUCUCUCUCUCAACGAUUUAGGUUGACUUAUACACUUCUGCCUCAUCCGUCAACUAUCUAUCUUCCGCAUUCCACCUUCCAUCUUCCGCACUUCGUCUAACGUCUACCAUCCCAUCAUUAUUCUCCACAUCCCAUCCUCUCACCCUCUCACCCUCUCAUCCU